AUGAAUCUGCUGGCGCACAACAUCGUGGUGGGCAAGACGAGAGUGUACCAGGCAUUGGAAUGCCAAACAAUAUAUCUAUCAACAUCAUCAGGUCACCGUACUGUGGACCUGUUUGAUGAUGAUUCCAGUGUCAAUCUGGAAGGCUCUUCACAUGUUCAUAAUGCUGAUGGAGCUCAGAAUACCCCAACAUCUGGUGCAGCCACUGAGAUUGGAGCAAUUAGAGCUCCUGCGCACCCUAUGCACAGCGUGCCUGUCAACUCUGGUCGCAAGGGAGGAGGCCAGCCAGCCCUGAAAACUGGAUCGGAAAAGAAGGUACCUAAACCUCAUGGACAGGCAGGAAAGGACUUCUUGAUUGCAGAGAAAAUGGGCUUAGCAGGGUCGAGGAAAAAACGAGAUCGCUACAAUGCCCUGCUGAGAAGUGCACGGGAUCUGACACUGAACGCGCAUCUCCCUUUUGAGCGCAGCUGGUGUGAUAUCCCUGCAGCUUCAAAGGCAACUCUUUUUGCAGUUGCCCAAGAUGUCCACCCUUUCCUCAGUCAUUUCGAAAAUGAUUGGGCAACCGAGGCAAUUGUCCACCAGUAUAUGAAGAAUAAGCGCAAGACCCUUUACAAGGCUGGUAGCCUCGAAAAGCCCAAAGGAUACAAGUAUCUCAAAGAGAAUGCUGCCAAGCGAGACCAGUCGAAAUCACACAAGAAAACAGCCACCAAGAACUAUGAGGCCAACAAGUUGGAACACAAGAAGGCCAAAGAGUACCAGAGGCACUUGAAGCGGAUCUCUAGGAAGGUCAUGGAGGAUGAGGAGAAUGAACAGGAGAAGGGAGAUGAAUUUAUUCAAGGAUCAUCCAGAGAUGGAGAUGAAGAUGUCGACAUGGCUGAUGAGGAGAAUGACAAUGACAUCGAAGGUGGAAAUUGA